AUUAGACGUCUGUUUUUGGCUCAUUAUUUGAAAGGCAAUUGCCGAGUAUAUUUUGACGGAUUUCUUAUUUCAGCGACAGUCGGCGAUAAUGAGCCAGAGGCCAUUAGCAACUUUAAAUGGUACAAGUAGUAGGCUGCCACGAUUACCGGCACCCAAGAUUUCUUCAAAGAUGCCUGUGCCAAUGAAGAGGACAAGAAGUCCAGAUGAGUUGCCUUCAGAAAAGAGGAUAUGUCUGGAAAGCCGCUUCUCAACAGAUUCUAACUCCAGCACCAGCAGUAGUUCCAGUCUCCGCUCCCAAACAUCUGGAUCAAAACUCCGCUCACAAACAUCUGGAUCAAAACUCCGCUCACAAACAUCUGGAUCGAGUCUUCGUACACAAGCAACUGGAUCAAAUUUACGUGCAAAUACCAAUGUUUUAAAUAAACCUAAAGCUGUGGCAGGAAAACCUCCAACCAUGACAAGGACUGUGCCUUCCAGGACAGGCCUAACAAGAUCCAAUUCUGUGGCAGUAAAGCCAACUGUCAAACAGAGUGUUACAAGGUCAACAAUGGUAUCUCGUGGAGGUCCAGCUGCACCACCUACAAGGACAACUUCUGGUCAGCAAGCACAAAAGGUUCCAGAAAGUGGUGGAGGUGGCGGGGUGAAGAAGCGUCAAGCUUGGGACCUAAAAGGGCGCCUCCAGGACAUGGAGUUUAUAUUGAAAGAACAGAAAACCUCCAGUACUGAUCUGAUGAUGCAGCUUAAGAUCAACAAUGAUCGCAUCUUCUCCCUGGAGAAUCAGAACAGCCACCUAUCUGGUACUGUUGCCCAGAAGGAACAGGUAGCCUCUGCUGCCUCAGAGGAGAUUUCCAUUCUCAAGAAACAGAUCAGAGAAGAGGAAGAAAAGUUUGACAGUAUAAAAAGAAAACUGCAGGGAGAUAUCAAUGAUAUGACUUUCCUGAAAGAGUCGUUGGAGCGUCAGAAACGUCAGCUAGAUGGUGAAGUCACUGCUGCCAAUGCUGAGAUCAGCGGCCUCAAAACGACUGUAGCACAGAUGACAUCAGCUCAAGCUGGCAUGUCUGCUGAGUUAGAGGCAACAAAGAUUUCACUAGAGGCUGCCAUGAGAGCAGGCCGACAGAAGGAUGAGGAGAUCUGUAGACUAAAGGGAGUUGUGAGGUCACAAGAAGACACCAUUGAAGACUUCAAUGCUAAGUUCAGAGAGCAUGAGACAGCACGGCGUAAACUUCACAACACUAUACAGGAGCUGAAGGGUAAUAUUCGUGUCUUUUGUCGUGUACGCCCUCUAAUUGGAGAUGAGUGUUUGGGUAACAAUGGUGAGGUCCAGCACAUGAACUUUCCUGACAUGGACCAGAAGGUCCUGGAGCUGGAGAAAAUUGGGGAUAUGUCCAUGAACGAGAGUUGUCUGACAGCAAGUCGACGGGGGAACAAAUUUGAGUUUUCAUUUGACAGAGUUUUCCAGCCUACCUCUACACAAUCAGAAGUGUUUGAAGAGAUUUCACAGUUGAUACAGAGUGCACUAGAUGGCUACAAUGUCUGUAUCUUUGCCUAUGGACAGACAGGCUCUGGUAAAACCUAUACGAUGGAAGGUGGAUCUGUGGAUGACCCAGAAAGCCAGGGGAUGAUCCCCAGGUCUGUCAUUCAGAUCUUUGAGAGUAUCAAGGAGCUGGAGACGAAAGGAUGGAAGUAUAAUAUGGAGGCCUCUUUCUUAGAAAUUUACAAUGAAACAAUCCGAGACCUGCUAGGAAAUGGCAAAGAUGAGCUUAAACAUGAGAUCAAGUUGACAGGGACUAGCAGUAACGAUGUCACUGUGACAAACCUCACACUGGUCACCGUGGAAACAGACAAACAGAUCAGCACUUUGCUGAAGAGAGCAUCACACAAUAGGGCUGUGGCAGAGACAAAAUGUAACGAGCACUCAUCGCGGAGCCACAGCGUGUUGAGGCUGAAACUCACUGGGGAAAACUCACUCAGCGGAGAGUCCUGUGUUGGAACCCUGAAUUUAGUCGAUUUGGCAGGAAGUGAGAGGCUGAAGGAUUCUGGGUCAGAAGGUCAGCGACUUAAGGAGACUCUGAGUAUCAACAAGAGCUUGAGUACAUUAGGAAAUGUAAUCAUGGCCCUUGGUAAUAAGGAUAACCAUGUUCCCUAUCGGAACUCCAAACUGACGUACCUCCUACAGAACUCCCUUGGUGGUAACAGUAAAACCCUCAUGUUUGUCAAUGCUUCCCCAAAAGAGGAGUGCUUCCAGGAAACACUCAACUCUCUGCGUUUCGCAACCAAGGUGAAUCAGUGCAAUAUUGGUACUGCCCAGAAGAAAGCAAAAUAAAAAUUAUGACAAGAGAGGAGUGUGAGGAGGUAUGAGAGGAUAAUGGAGACAUAAAAAAGAGUGCGGUACUUUUACAUUGUAUAUUCAUGUUAUAAUUAUCACUGUCUAUGAUUAUGAUAACAGAAAAGCUUGAAUACUGGUUUGAUGGCAUGCUUAUUUUGCAAGGAAUUUUUAUUUAAUUUUAAACAAUAAAAAUUGACAACCUGGUUAGAGACCUGAUACCAAGCUGGUUUCAAAUUCCAAAGUAGUUAUUUUACAAGUGAUUACAACAUUAAUUUUUCUCAGAUUCUCUGAUCUGUAUUUUCCGAAAUGGUAUUCAGGUGCUGAAAAAUAUCUAUGUUUUACUACCCAAUUUUAACUUCAUGUUUUCAAUCUAAAAUGUUCAUGCUAACCAAUCUUUUAUUGUAAAUAUUUAAAAUGGUGUAAUUUAUGUAGAUUCAUCAUAUCUAGAUGCAUUGUCAUAUGUAUUGAUACCAUUAGGAACACUUCGUACAUUAGUUUUCCUGGAUUUCAGGUAAGCUAUUUCCCAGAAUGUGUAUAAAACUGCCUCCUUCAUCUAUACCCAAAUGUACUGAGUAUUUAUUCCUUACUGAUUUUAUGGGUAGGUAGGAGAAAUGGACCAUUUUUAUUUCUAUUUUAUGGUAUAUCUAUUGUUUUAAAUAUAAGUAUACUUGCAAGUAUAAAAAAAGGUUUCUAUAUCGAGGGCAAAGGGUCUUUUGCAUCCAAAUGAUUUUUGUCGGAAUGACUCAACUGAGUAAUUGUAGUUUAAGGACAAAUAUCAAUUUAAGUUUUAGGCCUUUUGAUUUUUUGAGCUUGCAGAAAAAUGUAAGAUAUUUUUACUUAUAUUUAUACCCUCUUGAUGAAGUCAAGGGAGGAUAUAGCAUUCUAAUUGUACUUAGUGACUUCAGUUUUUAACAGAUUUUGAUCAAACUUCAUGUAUUGGUCAAAUGUGAUGAGAAUUGUCUCAAACAAGUUAGCACGAGGGUUUAUUACAGGAUAUUUCAUUAAGUAUACUUGGCAUAGGAGGGUAUUUGUAUCGUUUGCGAUGCGUUGUUGAAAUAAAAAAAACACUGAAGUGAAGGAUGUAUAAUCGUAUUUUUUUAUCAAGGUCAUAUAAAGAGCUCUUCUGAUUAGAGUGUAAAUGGAUGAAGAGCUAUUGAUGCUUUAAUAUGUCUUUAUAUGUUCAGGUUUUUAGAACCAAGGGGAAGAAUAUUAAUUUGACAAAGACGAGGCUUGCUGAAUGUUUGACAGCUGAAUAUCAUACCUGAGGGUUGAGAUCCCCUGCCUCACUCUUAAGUGGGUGAAUGAUCAUUUUUCGCCCUGCCCUCUUUGGCCUCUUAUGUAUUUAAUAUUGAUAUUGAUGUGAUAUGAUUUAAUUGUAAACGUGACAUCAUACAAUUGUUGUGAAUAUGAAAUACCCUAAAGUGGCUUUAACCAGUAUACAAAGUCACAAAGGUGAACAUAUAUCAUGUGCUAAGCAUUCAAUUGACAUCUGAAACCCUUUUUAAAUGUUAGAUAGUACCAUUUUCGGUCAUACGAAAUGAUCUUUAACUUGUUAAAGGCCAAUACUCUCGGAUUUGUUGAAACGCUUGUAAAAGAACUUAUGAAGAAGAGUCCCCUAAUGUCAGCAUAUUUAGCCAGGAAUGUAACAAAAUUUGUGCAUCAUCAGGCCCAUUAGGCAUUGUACAUGUAAUGUAAACAUCGAGUGUGACAUGUUUGUAAUUGCUCUUGUUGUAAGUGGUGGAUGACCUAACUGUAUGUGUUGUGUGCUGAUCUGAGAUGCAAUUUUACAAACACUCUGUUAUUUCAUAUCUUAUUAUUAUGUAUGUAUUGUGUUAAGUCAGAAAGGCAGCUUCUGUUAUUUGUAUUGGAUACAUAUAAUGUAUGUUUCCAAGUGUCUUAAAAAGCUGCUUGGUACUGUAAACAUGAGAUAUGGUAGGUAUGUGUCUGGCCUCUCUCUCUGUAUGGAGGAUAUUUAAUACUGUAAGUUCAUUUUAUUGUAAGUUUCCAUAGAAAUAAUGAUUCUAAACCAAAAUGUUGUUGUUUUUUUCAGAUCAGGGACAUAUUAUAAGUGACAACAAAUUGCUGUAUUUAUUGCCUUUGUAUUUACACUUUGUCAGCCGUCACAAGUUGUAUAUGAAAUAUUAGUAUGUGUAUUUAGCUGUUUGAAUUGCUAUUUAGUAUUGACUUAACGCAAGUGUGUGAAUGAUAUUCUUAGCUCUCUGUUUUGUUCUUACUUUCUCUCAUUGGCUACAUCUUUUCUUUCUAGAGCCUAGUUUCUUUCUACUUUUUCUGAACUUUCUUUCCUUUUUCAUCAUAAGUUCUUUCGUUUGGACACUUGAUAAAUUAUUCAACAACAAAAAUUUAUCUAAAACAUCAAGGCCCAGCACCUGUUUGUGUGGAAUGAUUCAAAGGGACAAUUUUGUGAAGUUGUGAUAUUUUUUUUAAAAAUCAUGUUAUAGAAUUUUUCCAAACACUAUUUCUUGAUAUCCUUAAUGAACAAUUCAUGUCGAAAUAUGGAUACAAGUCACAGUUUUCUUGGUAGUUAAAACUUAAUCCAUACUGAAAUGGAUUGGGAUGGAAAUUCACACAUUGUUCAUCCAACUUCUUAACAAAUAGCAUCUAUGUAAACUUAUAUACCAAGUAUGAAAAAUGAACAGCUGCUUCUGUCCUUUAAAUUCAGUUAUGACCAAGAUGAUUUAUAACUGAAAUUUUGAGUAUCUUAUACAAAUAAUUCAUGCAUGCAAAUAUUUUUGAGUGCGGUAUUUUGAAAUAUUGGAAAUAGAAAAAAACGUUUUUGUAUCCCCACAGUUUACCACCCUAAAUUAAAUCAGCUUUUUGAGGUGGUGACUUUAACUGUGCCAUAUAAAGAGUAAAAUAACCAAAAUGUCAAGGAAACUAUCAAAUGUUAUCACUGAUAAAAUUAUACGGAAACCAGCAAUAUUUAAAAACAAAUAAAAAAUAAUUUUCUUUACACUGUUGACUUUAUCAAUAUGUUGAUGUGUAUAUAUACUGGACAUGUAUUUUAUGGAUAAAUAUGCUACAAUUUUAGGAAUAAAUUCAUUUAUCAGUCAAACAAA